UAUCGCGGGAGUUUUGCAGCCAUUUUGCUACUUCCUGAAUGUUGUUAGUGUCCAGACAUUUGAUACGCAAAAGAUGAUUGAUUUAUGAGAAACGUCAGCCCACGACGAAUCUAUGUAGACAGCCAGGAUGCCGUUCAUUCAGCGGAUAGUAGAGCCUGUGAGGGUGAGUCAUGGAGCCAUCGACCGCUCCAUCCAAAACGAGCUCGAGUGUGUGACAAACAACUCCCUCGCAAACAUCAUCCGUCAGCUGAGCUCGCUCAGUCAGCAUGCCGAGGAUAUGUUCUCUGACCUGUAUCGUGAGACGACGGCUUUCUUCCACCGCGCCACGACGCUCAACGAACGGGUCGAGCACCUACGUGUGCAGGUUACGAUGCUGAACCCGACCGAAGAAGAAGUGUCUCUGCAGGACAUCCACCUGCGUAAGCCGUACCAGAGCAGCAAGCUGCAUGACCAGCAGGUGGUGGCUAGGGACACCAUACCAAAGGCCAUACAGGAUCUCUACAACAAGUGUGAGAAACCCCCCGCCCUGGAUAAGCUCAACAAGUACAGGGAGGAUGAUAAGGACUGUAUGAAGUUCUACACGGACCCAUCAUACUUCUUUGAGCUGUGGUACACGCAGAUCCAGAAUGACAUUACAAAGAAGAGGCAGGAGCUGAAGGAGAAACGGGGCAAACGAGACCGCACCCAGCGGCCAAAGAAGCACGAAGUGACGCCUAAAAAGAUCGUGACGAAAAAGGAGAAAUUUGCUGACAAAGCCCAGGGGCUGGAGCUGAGACCUGGGUACCAGGCCCCCGAUAUUCGUGUAGGAGGUCAGAAACCAAUACCAGAAGGCUACACAAGACACUCAACAGACUUGCCCGCAGACGCACGCAAGCAGAGUAUUAAAGUGUCCAAGGAUAGUAUAAACAAUGUGCCAAACAAUCAUAUAAGCAAUGAGCCCCCUAUACAGAAUGGCCCUUACAAUGUGCAUCCAGAGUAUCAAAGCCAACAGGAUCCGCCCUACCAGAGUCCACAAGGGCAACGCCAGUCACAGAGAAUGACCCCACAAGCUCAAAACCACCCCUCUCACAUGCGUCAGUCUGUCAGUGGGCAGGUCCCAGGGCGACCGAAUGUUGCCCCACCUCCUCCACCCCCAGGCGGUGCUGGUUAUGUCAUGAAUGGAGACAUGAUGAGGGGGGACAGAUCCGGCAGUUUGACUCCUGGGAGAGGCAGUAUGCCUCCCCCGCCCCCACCCCCCUUGGUGACACAGGAAUUGCCCGGCCACCAUUUGCACUAUGGCUCGCCCAGGGGUGGAGACCAGGGCCUGCCCCCACCACCCCCUCCACCGCUACCAGAUUUCCCUGAGAGCCCUCCACCUCCUAGCCCCCCUCCCAUACUUCAGGCAAACAUGAGCCCAAUCAACAUCAAUAGCAGGAUGUCCCCUGGUGGCCAGUAUCAUCAGAAUCAGAGGCAGAUGUCCCCUGCUCCACCACCACCGCCGCCACCACCACCACCGGGGCCCAUGUUCCUUAACAACAAUGUGUACAAGCACACACAGUCGGACAAUACGUCAAUUUCGUCAGAUAUCAGCGAAGUAUCGAGUCAGGCUAGUGUUGAACCUACCCCUCCACCACAGCCUAAGUUAACUGCACGUAGCGCACUUCUAGAGGAAAUCAAACUAGGAAAUAAAAAAUUGAACAAGACAGAAGUACAAAAAAGGGACACCACUCCGCGAGAUAGGUUUGACGUUCAUGCUGUGAUGACGAAAGCCUUCGACAUGCGACGAAAGGCGAUGGAAGACAGCGAGUCUGAGGAGGAGGACGAGGAUGAUGGUGAAAGUCUGGGAUUAGUCAGCAGACAUAUACUUCAUAAAUACUUCUAUAGCAUUGAACUUGGUGAAGUUCAUGGCAAACAUUGUCAGGGAAAACCCAAGAGGGUAUCCACUGGGGCUAUACCUGAAUUCCGAACCCAGCGUGAUUCUUAAGUGGCGAACGACACAAACAUAGUCAUAGAGUAGUAGGCAUUGCAAGGCAGUGCAUGUGAUGAUAAUGACAAGUGUGUGAAUUGAACUGGUAAUUUUGCUAGAUGAGGAUACAUCUAAAGGAGAUUAUUAACUUUCAGUCUGUGAACUUAACGUAUUUUUUAAUAAAUUUUGAUUUGCCUUUUUUUUACAUUUCAAAGAAUUUGAUUGAGUCAGUUAUUAAAAUUUUAACAUAAUAAGAUAAAAAUAAUUUUGAGGCUUUGAUUGAAAAAGUACUUAAUGUUUCUUUAUCAGAAAGGACAGUUUUGCACUCAACCAACAAACAUUAUUAACCUUGAUAAGGCAAUUAGCAGAUUAUUUACAAUAUUUUGAUUGUUUCUUCUGAAAUGUGUUGGUGUACAAAUAUUCAGCGUGGGAUCUUGUGAUAUACAGAUCUAAGUGUCUUCCCAAGUGAGCAAGCAGGCAUUCAGGAAGUAAUUAUCAUGAUGGCUUCUUAAUGGCCAUUCAUGUUUGCAUUUAACAGUGUUGACUGGGAGUGUUCCACAGUAAAUAUGCAGUUCAAUUGUGUAAGAUAGGAGAAUGUUGGAGUUUGUUUUGAAUCUUAUUGCUAGCUUUUUAUAAGUUUAUUUUUAUAAUAUCCAGUUUGUUUUAGUUAGACGAAGUGAAAUAGUGAAAGUUAUUUAAACCUGAUGGUUUAAUGCCUCUGGUAUCUGUGCAUCAAUUUUUAUUCUUCUGUAUAAAGUACCGGAAACGGCACUCUUCAAAUCAGGGAAAAACUAAAAAAUUCCCUAUAUCUGGUAAAAAAAAUCCCCAUUGAAGGUUUCCACCCAAAAAAAUACAUAUAUUUAUUUUUUGUAAGUAAAAUGCAACAUGUAGUUAAUAACCCUAAACAGCUCUAUGGCUUGUACUUAAGUAAUUGUUAGCAACAAGUUAAAUACGCCAAUUUUCCAAUCUGAAGACUUCACGAUGUGAAUUUUUCCAGUUUCAGGUAUUUUUGCAAUUAUUUUUCCCAAUUUGGAUGGUACUGGUACUUUUCCCAAUGUGGAAAAAAAUCACUGAUGUGAGAUCCAUAUAGUGAUUGGAUUGUUCUUUUGUUAGUCAGUCUGCUAGUCCAUUAGGAUGUACUCCAAACACACUUUUUAUAUGACAUCAAUAAUGCUACCUUCAAAGCUUUUAUACUUGCAUGGAUGUUUUCUUUGAACACUUUCAGCACACCCAUCGAAUCUGACCUAAUUUUAACCUUGACAUUGACCUAUCAUGGACUUAAUUCAAUGGGCCAAUAUAUGAAUACUGUCAAGGCUUCCACUAGGGGCAUCAGUGUUUAUGUAAUGCAGCAGUUUGCUUGUAUUAACCCUUUACCAAUUAGUUACGUAUACAUAUUUUCACACAUUUGUAGUCCCUUAGAAAGUUAUAUUUAAUUUAAGACCUUUUCUUACUAGAUUCAAUUUUUCAAGACUUGAUCUCCAAAACCUUAGAUACUGAUGAGCAGCAAACAGCAUAAAACCUGAACAGACUGCGAGGUUCAGUUUUUCCCUGUUUGCACAUAGCCAUUUUUACUUUGCUUCAAAGUGGGAAAGGGUUAAGAUGCACAUUUAUUGUUAUGAAUUGUGUAAACUGAUUAUCUGUGUAACUUUUCUAUAGGACAUUUGAUACAUUUUUUACCAAUUAUAAGAGCUACACGGAACUUUGUUGUAUUUAUUGUCUGCACAGUUAUGUGUUUUUUUUGUGAUUUUUUUGCUUUGUUAUGGUGUAUUUUUCAUGGACGUGCAAUAUAAUAGGGACUGUUGCUAAACAGACUUUAUAUUACCUCUAAUGUAACUGUUUGCUAGAACCUAGACAAAUGUACAUAAGCAAUUGUAUGUCUUUAUGUAGUUCAUUGACACUUAUGGUUGCAAAAUAAUUUGUACCUAAACGUGUUAUUAUACAUAAUUCAAUAAUUCAAUAUUUUAGGGCCUUACGGAGAUUUUGGUGAAAGGUUAUUGUGUUCAGUAAAAAGAAUUUUAAUUCUCCUUUAUUGUUUAUGUAAAAAGGUGAAAAGGGUAAUUAUAAUUAAAAUCUAUCAAAACCCACUGUGAUCAAAGAUCUUGAGUCAGGUAAAAGGUAUGACUAAAUUGUGUAGCUUUAAACAAUAAACUGUGUAAAUGCAUAGGAUUAAAAUGUUCCUAUGGGCUUGCAUAUGCAUGAAGUGUCAUCCCAGAUUAGCCUGUGCAGUCUGCACAGGCUAAUCAGGGAGGACACUUUCCGCUUUUAUGGAGUUUCGUUGAAAAGGACAGGCAAAAGAAAGAUGCCAUUAAAUGAACAUGAGCCUUUCUAUAGGACGACCCUUUCUACCUUUAUGGAUAUUUUUGUUUUAAGAAGUAUUUUCUAAAUGAAAAUCCAGUCUGGUAUGAAACUUUAUACCUAUGCCAAAAGUACGGUUUACUGAUAGACUGGCUGAAAAUAGGUGAUUAGGAACUUAUGUUAUCAUAGAUAUUGAUGAAAUGAAUACAGUCUGUUUUUCAAUAAUGUAUCAUAACAUAAUUUAGUGUACAAUGCUUAGAGGGAUUUAUUUUAUAUCACUAUAUUAUUCUUACUUGGAAAUGACAAUGUUAUUGUAUUUCUUUAUAUACAGGUAAUAAGUAU